GCGCAGUCAGCUGUUCUUCGUUCCUAUCGUCUUGCUUGCACAAUAAUUUCAGCGGCAUAUUUCCAUAAUUCACUGCAUUUUCCCCAUUUACCGAAUCAAAAUGCGUCUAACUAACGUUUUGUUCAAAAAGGUGAAGAGCAAGCGCAUCAUGGUCGUACUGGAAAGUGUGGUCAGUGGACAUCAGUUUAAUGCUUUUCGCGAUCGCUUGGCCGACAAAUUGGAGAUAAUACGCUUCGAUCCGUACAUUCAACAGGAAAGCCUUUAUCGUGAACGCAAGAAAAUCCGCAGCGCCUAAGAUAACCAUUUUUUGUUAGUGAAAAAAAUAAAAUUUACAACUAUUGGAAACACC